AUGUCUAGCUUCAUUGGCCUCCAAUGCUUGGUCUGUGAGAAUUCCAUAGCCCGGCUCCCCGGCGUUGAACCAGUGGAGCUCAAGUUCCGAAUUCUGUUUGCGGUUGAGGGACGAUGGGAUGAGCCCCACGUUGUCGACGUUUCCAACCUCGAUUUUGACGAUGACAUACACGGUUAUGAGAUACCUCUCCCGGAUUCCCAAGACACGGUUGCUGUUCAUGUUUCAUUAGGAUGCCAUUCUGGCCCCUGCACGUCAGACCCCUCGACCACUUGUGGCUUUGGUUAUCCGAUCCACGACGUUUGUUGGGAAAUGCUCAACGCUUGUCGUUCUAGCCGGGCGCAAGAUCUGACCGCUCUUAUACGCCGCCACCUAUCUCUUCCUCCCAAUGAGGUGCCACACAUCGGUCAUUGUUCUGGAAUUCCCGAAAUUCGCGACGAUGGUCACGGCCAUCCCUUUCAUUUGCUAGGGUGGGAUCCCAACAGCAAGAUUGCAUACCCGCCGCUGAAAGAUGUGGUCUUGCCUCCCAUUGCAAGUCGCAUAUCUCCUACCUCCCGAGCUCCAUCGGAUCAUGAUUUGCUUUCCAUGCUUCCUCUCGAGAUUGUGCAGGAAAUUCUGACUUGGCUGCCUUCUCCGGACGUUAAGAACUUCCGGCUGGCGUCUCGCGUCGCUGCAACUACUAUCCUUUCUGAUUUCUUCUGGAAAUCUCGCUACGGUGGUGGCUUGGAGCUCGCGUAUCUGUAUGAUGCUCCCUUGUCUGAUCCGACCAUGCGUGGACAAUGGCGGUCUAUCUAUCUUAGGGAUAGAGAUCUUCAUACCAGCCAAAACGACGCUACGAGGCGGUUUGCGGUCUGGGGCCGUUGCCUAAACAUCUGGAACGUGAUUGACAAGUUAGGCUCUUGUCAAGGAACCAGUGGCUGCGGAAUCCUUGAUUCCUCUACGGAAGACUAUACAACCAUGCAGUGGACCGACGCUAGCCACGCGGUGCAGUGGGAUCUCCAGGGGGGUAAUGACCUGAGAUCAAGGUGCCUCUUUGAGCGAGUCGCGACAAUCUCAUCGACUACGAGACAGGUGUGCGUCUCAAUCUUUGUCUUUCGCGAUACCUGUUAUAUCUCUGGCCUCCGGUUCGUUGACUGCGAUGGCUCUUCGACUCCUAUCGGCUAUGUCCGUAAAGGUUCUGAGGUGUGCAUCCCUCUACCAGUUGUUGGGCCCAGUGAGAUGCCCUUGACUGGAUUUCUUCUCACACUAAGCCGCGACGGCAUCCACGGAAUUGCCGUGGAAACCAAGGAGGAAUCUUCUAGCUGGGUUGGAGAGUGCAAGGAGCCAGGAACUCACAAAGACAUGUUCACCAGAAGGCUUACAUGGGAGGUGUCAGGUACACCAACAGGCCAGUGGCUGGUCAAAGGAGGAUUCGAUGACUCUAGGCUGGUUUCGCUGUCAACAUCAGUCGGCACAGCGCGGACAGAAGUGCCGCGAAAUUACCGCCCCGACGAGAUCCAGAAUCACGCCAUGUGGCGGGCCAAGACGUCCAAGACAUCUCCGUAUCUGGAGUAUUCUAUGUUGGAGCACUACUUGGAGGGCCCCCGUUGCUUGCGAGCAUGGGAUGACCUUACCGUGAGCCAUCCUGGCAAUCUGCCACCCCAGGGACUGGACUUUCAAAUAGGCAGCAGCCUCUUCCAGCAGGACAACGGCUUGAAAGAAUUCCCACUUUCGUGGAUGAGCUUUGAUCCCGCUAUGGUGUCAGAGGUUGACGUCUACUGUUCAAUCUCACACUCGAGAAUCAGUGGAUUCCGGGUCGGCGACAACCAAAUUGGACACUGCAUGCCUGGACCCGCCCGCUUCCAGCUGAAGAUCGACGGACCAGGCGGAGAGCGCAUCACAAAGAUUACAACCGUGUACAGGACCCUCACUGCUCAAGAGGGGAGAGAUCUCAACCACGCCAGAGAAUUUCCCAAGAAGCUGUGCAACAUAAUUAUCUAUACGAAUCGCGGUCAAGUCCUCGUCGCUCCUCCAGGCCCCAAUAUUGAGAAGAUGAGUAGAUACGUCCACUCGACCCUGGAACACGACGCAAUCACUGGAUUCUACGCUCCAGUAGAACACGGAUUUCUUGAUCUCGGUAUUGCAUACCAGUCUGCUGUUCAAAGUCUGCACUGA